AUGCGCUACGAGAACUGGGACAUCCUCCUCUUCCCGGAGGGUGCACGAGUCCCCAUCCAGGAAUUCAAAACACAGUGCUUCGUCACCAGGGAUACCGAGUCUCCCUAUCUCCAAAAUCCAUCUCUCCUCGGCCCAAACGCCUACCUUCGCGUCCAGGGCAGUCAUGGGCACAUUCCCAUCCUGACCUCAUUCAUCCCCACGCUGCCCCGGGAUAGUUGCUUUCGCGUCUCGAUCCAUAGCUGGGAGAAUCCCCGGCCCAGUCGAUUGACCGAAAGCUUGAUGCAGCCGGAUGAUGUGUUGUUGUAUGAGGCACGGGUGUUUGUCGAUGGAAUUUGUGUCGCAGCCGGUGUCUUCGGACCGAGAGCGGCGUGGCCGUAUGUUAUCAAUCUGAGCUCUGAUGUUGAUCGCGAGGGGAACCAGGACUAUCUGCGUUUUCCUCCAUUUCACGGCCAGAUUCUGGAGCAGCGACACUGGAAUGCCUCUGAUGAACUGGGCCGAAUCAGAAUUGUCCUUGCGGAGGGCUUUUCUCGUCCGAAUCGCUCGCCCCCGUUUGAGAGAGUCAAGGACGUUAUCGUGUUCUCUUUCCAACACGCUCCGCAGCACAUCUUGGAGUUCUCCCAAAUCGCAUGGCCGAAUCCCCAAAUGUGGCCUCAGGCUACAUCUCGAACUGUGUACAAGGUCGACCAUAGCAGUUUUGUCGACGCGAGGGAGCCGGAGGAUACCCAUGCCCAUUCACCCAGAAAACCUGACAUGCGUGUGCCCAUGACCUCUGUGGCAUCGAUGGUAUCGAAUAUUCCGUCGAGCAGCAGUCAAGCACCCAUUGCAUACCACAACGCUUGGGCAUCGAGUCGUGCCUUUCCCCUCUCAACAUCUCAGUUGUACCCAUUUUCGGCACACACCCCCUCCCGAAAUCCCCGCUGGGCUGGAUAUCCAGAUCGCCAGCAAGACUCUUCCUUCAUUCAGCCCGUCAGAGACCCCUUCACCGACGAUGUGACCUGGCGGCAUCGCGGUGCCCGGUCAUCCCGCGAGGACGUCCCCAUGCCAGACUACAGCUCCUCUGGCAGCCGUGCAAUCUCUAGUGUGGCAGGUAUGAGUUUCGAACACAGCAAGCACUCCAGCAUGUCCGCUCCUAUGGAUGAGGAGCACUACAAUCUGCUGAUCGACGCUAUGACUCCUACAAAGCCUCCCAUGGGCACUCGUGCGCCGUCCAACACACCCUCAGCUAUGGCCGUGCUUCCAGUUACAGCGACGACUCCCGCAACCCAGGUUCGCAAGGCAAGCGGCAACAAACAGGGUUCCCUCCGGACCUCGGGUCUCCGUGAGCGUUCCCAACCCAGCAGCCGUGAUGUUUCUGGCUCGGUCAGCAUUCUGGCAGAGAAAAUUACUUCCCCGGCUAAAAUUGGUGCUAGCCCCAGUGCAAAUGUGAAGAGCCGGAAGGAGGGUGAUAUGGAGAAGCAUGAGAAGGAGAAUGAAAGUACUGUCGGUACUGAUCUGUAG